AUGAAAAUUGAAGGUUUGUAUUCUUUGGGGAGAAAUAUUCGUGUUUCUUUCUUUAAAAGUGCACAUAUGUUUUCGGGGUGUAAUCCGAUUGGCAGCCGAAAACAAUUUGAAAAAUGUCUCCUUUGGGAAUUUGACACGGUGUUCGAAUAGAAGUCUGAGCUAUACGAAUAAAAGAAAUCUCUUGUUUUUUUGGAAGAGUGACGAAUUGAGAGAAAAACAUAAAAUAUUCUGAAAAUUCUUUUUACUCAAAGAGCUUAGCCAUGGGAAAAAGGGAAAUUCUGCUUCAAAAAAUAAAUUUGUGUUUCAGUUAUUUCUGCGGUUCCUCAUUCAACAUGUCAUCAAGCUGUUUUAUCACGUAGAAAUCAAUCAAUAAUAUGUGCGGGACCAUAUGAAGUUCUUCCACUAGAAACAUGUUUUGAGCCUGUAAGUGUUUUCAUUUUGGAUAAUUUUUGGUGGAUAACUUUCCGUCAAAACUAGUAAAGUAUAAAUAUUCAAUUUCCUCUUCUUUUCUUUUCCUUUUUUCUGUUUCGCCCUCAUUUUCCUCAUGAAUAAUUGGUUUCUUUUUGUUGUGUGGAACCCUCCCAAUUUUGGUUGGCAACAACUAACAAAAAAGAUAUUACGAACAAGUUUAAUGGCCAUUUUCAACAAUGAAAGAAAGUGUUCCCCGAUUUCUUCAUGGUUCGUUGAAUAACCGGAAAUUUUUAUUCAAAAAAAAAGUGGGAAAGGAAGGGAAAAAGAUUUGGGAGAAUUUGUUUUUCAACACUUUGCAGAAGCAGAAGCUGUCAAAAAUCCCAAUCAGAUAAUUCUAAUCGUGAUUCUUCAUCUUUUUGUUAGGGUUUUGAGAUUCGUAUAGAUUUGACCCAAUAGGACACUUUUUAAAAAGAUGAACAAAUUUCAAAAAAAAAUUCGAAAUAAAAAUUAAAAAAUAAAAUUUACGUAAAACAACGUCGAGACUUUUUAAAUAAAUCAUUUCCUGAAAUAAUCAGCUUUUGAAUUCACAUUUUCCCAUCUACAGUAAUCCUUAUAUAUUGUUCUUAUUCUGUAAGUUUUCCUGUUGUGGCCAUAGCGAAUAAAAAUACUCCCAAUAAUUCUCUGAAAGCUACAGUAAUCCUGUGUUCUCCAAAUUCCAAAUAGUUUAAAUUUGGAGAAUAAUUUUCGAUGAAAAUAAAACACAUUGUUUUCGUGAUUCUUAAGUAAAAUUGUAAUUUUUUCAGUUGCCGAGUACAUCUUCACUUUCGGAUUGUGCAAUUGAAUGUCUUGAAUUGGCAAACGAUGAAAGAUCAAUCGGAGUUGCCACAAAUUCAUUGCUUAAAAUCGUCGAUAUUCAAUCGGGAAGAGAAAUUAGAAAUUUAACGGGACAUACAUUACCAAUCACCUCAUUAGCAUCUAGUAAAUUUUCAGUUUAUAGUUGGGUAAGAAUUUAUUUCGAAUUGUGUUUUUAUUAUUAAUAUUUAAUUUACAGUAUACUGGUUGUUCGGAUACAUCUUGGGCUCAAUGGGAUACUCGAAUGCAUCCUUCAAAAGUUCUGGGAUCACGAACAAAUGGUGUAAUUCGAAGUAUUGCUUUAUCACCGGGUGAUCGAUUUAUUGCAAUUGGAACUGAUAGUUCUAUACAAUUAUAUGAUGCAAGACAACGGGAAUAUGUUAAACAAUUUAAUUGUUCGGUAAGAAUUUGAAAAUUCGAAAAAAAAGUUAUUUAUGCUCAAUAUUCAGGGUCAUCGAUUGGAAUUUAAUCCUACUGAAGUACUUUUAUCAUCAAUUGGACAUGAUCGAAUUGCUAGAUUUUUCUGUUUAGAAAGUCUUGAAAUGAUAUCUCAAUCGGAUCCAUUUUUAGAUGAUAUUCAAGCAUCCGCUUUUGAUAGUUAGUUAUCCCAGAAACCCUACUCUAAUAAAUCAAUAAAUUCAGCUCAUUUGAUGAUAACUGCCACAAAUGAUACAAUAAAUUUAAUGACUUGGGAACCUUGUGAUAUUUUAACGACAGUUCCAUUGAAAAACGUUGAAAAGGUAAAAUUAAUCAAAGAUUCCCGAUAAAAUCUAUAUAUUCAAAUUAAAUUCAGGUUGUGAAUGUUAGUGUAAAUAAUGGUGUCGAACUUGAUUUUAUCUGUAUUGGCGAAACAACAGAAAGACUUGAAAUGCGAUCUUAUUCUAUCGAGGUUCGAUUUUUGAAUUGAAUUAUUUAUUUUACAUUUGUUUUUUUAGGAACUUUUGUCUUAUUCGCCUAGUCACGAGUUAUCUGGCAGUAUUUAUGAAGAAGAUGAAGAUAUUUCAACUGAUGUUUCCCCAACAGAUGAGGUCAGUUUAUUAAAAAGGUAGAAAUAGACACUGAAAAAUAAAUCAUUUCAAAAAAACAAUACUACCGUAGUUUUUCUCUUGUUUUUUUGUGUGUGUGGGGGUCUCGACGCGAAGAGAUGCAUUACAGUAGAAAUUUUUGUGGCGUCUUUUGUGACAAGCAAAACAAAAAAAUUUCAAAAAAACAACUUUUGAUCUUCGCGCGAGUUUUUGGCUUCAUUCAGUUCAAAAUAUUUCAGGUUAAAAGCAUCGGUUCGCCCCUCGACGGUUCAUUAUUGAACAAGAAAAUGUCUGCUGAAUCACCGGAAAUGUCAACUACAACUUCGUCAGAUUCUGUAAGUUAUAUUUAUCCAACUUCAAAAACUAUCGAAAGAAUGCAUUUGUUCAGAAUUCGUUGGAUGGUUCGUCAUCAUCCAGUCCAUCAAGUCCUUUGAGAGCAGCUCCAGUGAAAACUAGAUCAAUGUCGCAAAAAUCGACAUCGGCAACAUCGACGAAAUCCUUGAAAGUAUCAACAACAAAAAAGGAAGGAAGUCAAACAAGAUCAAUAACACCGGUCAAUUUGAAACCACCAAAUGCAACACAAAAAGCUGGAACUCAUCCAAGAUGUUCAUCAACAAGUUCAAGAGGACCUUUGAGAUCAAAACAAUCACCAUCCAUGACCGAUCUUCGAACAAAAACAUCAUCAUUAUGUGGAUCUUCGCAAUCUUUGGCCAGUGAAAGAGAUCCGAAAAAGCGAUCGGCAUCAACUCAGUAAGUUAAAAAGUUAUUAGGAUUCAAAAUGGAGUGGUCAAAUGAAAAGAUAUUUAUUUAUUUGAUACCAUGACAACCUGACAUGUUAAGAAGAAGGAGAGAAAAAAGAAAAUGACCAAAUCCUUUUUCUCUUCGUCUUCUUCCUUGAAUAAAUUAUCAUAAUAUUUUCAUUCGUAUUUCUAUAUUUAUUCUUGGUAACUAAAUACUUUUAGCAACAAGUACAAAUCAUUAUUUUUUCUUUUUUUUACGAACGAAGAAAAGAAAAUUGCUCUCAGCUCAAAGGGUUUCCUUUCUCUUUUUAUUUCUUGCCUAAAUAUUUCACUUUUAUUCCAUAGUCUUUUUUUUUCAUUUUUUUUGCUAUGAUGACUAUGAGUAGUUAUGAAUUGAGUGAAUUGGCCGAUAAUCGAACAUUUCGAUUAGUUCGAAGAUCGAAUUCUACGAAAGCACCUAAAAUAAGAAAUACAAGUGAAAAUUCAAAAAGAAGGUUUAAUUAUUGCUUUUUUAAAUUUCAACUCGGUUUAAUUUUUCAAAUUUUCAGAAGAAACACUGAUGCAUUCACCAUACAUUAUAUGGGUCGACCAAGAACUCCAAGCGAUUCGGAUGUUUUUGCGGUUGGUCCAAUUCAACCUUCGAAACCAAAAAACUCGAAUGGAUUGUCUACAAAGGUUGGGCCAAAUCGUCGAAAUCCAUCGCCAUCAACUGGAAAAACGGAAACAUUGAAAGCAUCGCCAUUGAAAAAGAAAAAUAGCAAAAAGUCGGCAUGGCACAAAGAUGACGACACAAUCAAUGAUUUCGAAAAAAGUAUUGCAAGAUCUGUGAAUGGUGAGAAUAAUAAUUUUUCAACAUAAAAAUUUAAAAUGUCAUUUUAGUGACCAAAUCUGUCAACAAAGUUGGUUCACGAGAUGGAAUUGAAGGAAUGUUGAAAAACAGCCGAUAUGAUGACGAAAAAUUGACUGUUUGUGUUCGAUUUUUGAAUCGAAGUUCAGAAUGGACACUCAAUUCUUGCCACAUGUAUUUGCCAAUUUUGAUUGGUUAGUUUUUUUUUUUUUUGAAAAACCAUUUAGCUUCAAAUCAAUUUUUUUCCAGAUAGGAUACUGGCAGCAGACGCCGAGAUUCGAUCAACUGCUCUCUCAGGACUCGAAUGUAUUUCAACAUCAAUGAUUGAUAGACUGGUGAAAUUCUCACAAUCGAACCAACGAAUCGGAGUCGAUGUUGCGGCAGAAGAAAGAGCCGAUAAGGCGAAGUUUUGCAUUGAUGUAAGUAUUUAUUCGGCAAUAUUCAAAACAAUUUACCAAAUCUUUUUUUCCAGAAAAUUCGCGAAUUUGUUCAAAAACGAGACUGGUAUUAUAAACAGCUCGAUGAAGACACAAUAGAACGUUUGGACACAAUUCUCGAACAUUUCAAAACUGUUUGA